AUGAUAUCGCUUGUUCUUGUGCGUAACUCUGCGCCAGCGCAGACACGGUGUCUUUUAAAGAAUGACUGUAAUGUAAUAAAAUUUGCGCAAACUCGUGUGACAUCGAAAACAAGCUCAUAA